AUGGCUGACGAAGCUGAGCUUUUGGAUUAUGAGGAUGAAGAGCAAGAAACAGUUCAAGAGGCAAGACCUAAUGGAGAAGCUACAGCAAAGAAAGGUGUCAAAGGGGCAUACGUCACCAUACACAGUUCGGGAUUCCGUGAUUUCAUUCUCAAGCCGGAAUUAUUAAGAGCCAUCGUCGAUUGUGGCUUCGAACAUCCAUCUGAAGUUCAGCAUGAAUGUAUACCUCAAGCCAUUUUAAGUAUGGACGUACUGUGCCAAGCAAAGUCUGGGAUGGGCAAGACUGCCGUAUUCGUCAUAGCUACACUACAACAGCUCGAUCCCGAAGGAGAAGCCAAUACAACUGUUCUAGUCCUCUGUCACACAAGAGAACUUGCCUUCCAAAUAAGUAA